UGAUGAGCCCCACCUACCCAGCCUGCUCUUUAAUAGUGCAGGGACAAUAAAGUUAACAGCCUCUGAGCACUGUUUGUUUGGGUCGAAGGAGGAGAGACAGAAGGAGCUACUCUGAAGGACUCAUUUACGAUGCUGGAUAUUGCUAUGGACUUUGGAUAUGGGCUAUGGUAACGUUUGAUAUUAAAGGCUUUAUUGUGUAUGACCAAUGGACGGAAUUAAAGACAACUCUGUGUGGAUGAGUACUGCUCCAAUACAAUUUGUUUUUCUCUUACCUUCAUGGACUCUCAUUUCAUGGCUUGUCUGCAUACUGGUACCUGAAUUGGAUAAAACAUCUGCUGGGGCAAAGGAAAGGGGCUGCCUUAUCCGUCAAGACCCUGACACUCUCCUUUCCUUUGGUUGGGAGAUUCUGGGGUUGUAAUAAAAACAAAACACAACGCUAUAAUAUCUCCAAGUUCUGGGUGCAAUCCCUCAUUUCCUGUACACAUGGAUCGAAAACUUCAAAAGAGUUUUUUCAGGCUGCUAAACAGGAACGGGUCCCGAAGAGUUGGGCACGACCAAACGACUAAAGAACAACAACAAAAACAGGAAAAGAUGAACUGCAAGUGUGUGCAAAAAAUCCUUCCUCGUUGCUCAAUUAUCAGUAGGGCCCAGAUGUGGGAGGAGUUCCUUACUUGUCAGAGAUGGACGCUUGAGAAAAUGCUGCUCCGUGUUUGCACAGUUCACUCCCUCAAAAAGCAAACGGCCGAGUUCAGAGAAGAGGCACCGGGGAAGUAGGAGACCCACGGACAGACCAUGUUCAGAUAAGGUGCGGAGAAGGCAAAAACCACAAUCCCUCUGAGAUCUGGCUGGCUAUUUGGAGAAUCAAGUGUGCACGCAAGUUGUUCGAUGACACGCCGUCUGGUUCCUCCAGCACCAACAAGCUUUCGGUUGAGUUAGCCAUGGGCAAGCCUGACUUGAAAGUUCAAGAUUUAGAGCCAGGAUAUCUUUAAAGCAACCUCCUUUCAUCCGUCUAAAACCUGAGACCUUUCUGGAAGAACCCAUGAUGUAUAUUUCAUCAUCAUCACCAUCACCACCUCCAUGAAAAGCUGCAACGAAAUGCCCGCACAGUGUUUAACAUGUGGGAAGAUGUCGAAGAUAUCCCGUCUCAUUCCGAUUAUCCUGAUGGUCUUCGCUGGCUACUUCUACAAAUCUGGGUUCAAGUUCAUCAGCAACUCAGGAGCACUCACAAAGCAAGGAAUGACAGAUCAAACAGCUGCCUGUGUCGAUUAUAGGAACGAUGCAAAAGAAAUAGAAGAGAUUGUUACAAAACUGGACCAGCUGAUCCCCAAUGUUACUUUCAGGGAUAUAAAGACCGUCACAAGUGCCAAGAACAGCCAAGCCACCAUCGUAAACCGCCAGGACGUUUACUGCGUGGGAGACCACUUGGCGGUUCGAUUGGAUCUCUACGACCACAUGGGGAAGAGGAAGGAGCAUGGCGGAGAUUUCCUACGAGCGAGGAUCUACUCGCCAAAUCUCAAGGCUGGCGGCUCCGGGCUUGUCCAGGAUCACGGGAACGGGACGUAUCUGGUCGAUUUCACUUUAUUCUGGGAAGGGAACGUCAGCGUUUCCCUCUUGCUCAUCCACCCCAGUGAAGCUGUUUCUGCUCUUUGGAGAGCGAGGAAGAAAGGCUACGACAAAAUAGGUUCCAUGAGUACAUUAGGCUUCUUUUUUCUUCCUCUACCACCUGCUGUAUUUUUAUCAUUACUAUUUUCCAUUACUUGGGGGAGAAGGUGCAAUGUUGUCUUUAGGGGUGAAAGGAGCUCCGAGGCUUAUAGCUCGCAUUUUGGACUGCUCGCAGCCCAGCCUGGUGUGGCCCUCAUCCUGCCCAACAUCGGCGUGGAGAUCCCUCACAAGUUCGGAGAAAUUCACGUUGUACCUUGUGAACGUAACAAGGCAAAAGCAGCGAAGACAUGCUGGGCUGGUGCACAGUCCCCCUUUCCCAGUGGCUUUGUGUGGCAGAAUCAGUGGCACCCCCUCUUCUGCAACAUGACCAGUUUCAACACGGAAGAGAAGAUAAGGGCAUGCUUGCAAGCAAAGCUGAUUUAUUUCAUGGGAGACUCAACUGUGCGGCAAUGGAUAGAGAACCUAAAGAGCAGACUAAAGACGCUUGACUAUCUCAAUGUCCAUGUAAGUGGGAAACCCCAGAAACUGAUAGCAGUGGACGUGGCUGAAAACAUUCAACUCCGCUGGAAGAAACACGGCCACCCGUACAUCGGCUCCAGCGAGUACACCGUGAAAGAUCACACCUACGUCGCUCGCGAUAUUGACCGGUUGUCUGGUGACCAAAACACGGUGGUGGUCAUUUCCUUGGGCCAGCACUUCCGCCCUUUCCCCAUCGAGUUCUUCAUUCAAAGGGCGAUUCGCAUCCGGGAAGCCGUCCAGCGCCUUCUCCUGAGAAGCCCAGACACCAGAGUCGUCGUUAAAGGAGAGAAUACCCGAGAGAUGACUGUAGAGCAGGAGCUAUUUAGCGACUUCCAUGGCUAUUCCCAAUACCUCGCUCUGAAAGAUGUUUUUCGGGAUCUCAACGUGGGCUUUAUUGACACAUGGGACAUGACGGUCGCCUUUGACACGAACAGCGUUCACCCUCCCAACCAUGUCGUCAGGAAUGAAGUCGAUUUGCUUUUAAGUUAUAUAUGUUAAGGACAUGAAUGCAAAUCUAGUGUGGACGUUGAGCUGUUGAACCACAGGAAGGAUGGUGGACUAUCAGUUAAAGAUCUGGGACAAAUACAGGAUUUGGAUUUAAACCCCGGGUGCUUCUAAGAAUGCCAGAGGAGUGUUGUGUAGUCUCAUCAAGAGGGCUAUCCCGGAAUAAUUCUUUCCAAAAUUGGCUGUACGGUUGGCUGAGAAGCUUGAAGCCUACAAACGUCUCUCAGCAGUGACUGCUGAAGAUGCCGAUCCCCUCCACCCAUCAUUAGCUAAUGGGGGUGGUGACUCACUGUUGGUGCAUGGCCUCCUUGUUUGCCCAUGCCUGUAGACUUGUUUCGUAAGGCACAAAUCACCCCAGUUUCCUUCUUCCUUGGCUUGGGCACCAGGAACACCAGGGCUGAGGACAGAUAAAUGAACAACACCCAGAGUUAUGUCCCCAGCCCUACCUGAAAAACACAAAACCCUUCCUUCACAUGCAUAUUUCCUUUAUUUAUAUUAAAGGGUUAUUGCGAAUAUUCGGGUUUCGGAGGACAUUUUGAAGAAGCUUUGCAAAUUCAGGGGAAAUAUGGAUUUUAAAUCCUCCACGUCCCUGAAUGGGACCUUUUAGCUACACACACACACCCAUGACAUUUUCUGACAUGAUCCACACAGGAUGUACUUAAUUAUUUCAUUUCUAUUCCAACUUCUGGGCUCAAAACAGCAGGACAGAAUGUUGCUCCUGCAUUCUUGGAAUUAAACUUGCAUUGUGUGACAUUUGCA